AUGGCGGAUACAAAUAUAACUGCGCGAGCAGUUACUGAUGUUGCCGAACCGGAGCCAUUCGAAAAAGUCGAUGCGGCCCACGUUGAAGAAGUAGUUCUCGCCCGUUUGACCGAGGAGGAUGUCUGGAAGAUAUCAGAAGAUGCCUUGGACAUAUGGUCAUGGACUGGGUUUCGACUCUGUUUGAUUAUGUUUGUCCAAGGCUGCAAUCAAGCGGGUUAUGGAAUUGACUGGGGUGUUAUCGGCGGUAUUAAUGCCUUUCCAGCACUUCACAGCUACUUUGGAUUUGGCACUUCUGGCGGUGUUGUGGGAACAAUUACAGCAUUGAUGUCUGUGGGUAACAUUGCUGGAGCACCCUUUCUUUCACUUGCAGAUGUCAUCGGUCGACGUGGUAUCAAUUUCAUUGGAAACAUGAUAGUCAUUGUUGCCGCUAUAAUGCAAGGAUGUGCUCCUAAUCUAUCGGUGUUGAUGGCUGGCCGAUUUCUCCUGGGUUUUGGGUCUGCUAUGAUGUCCAGUUCUCAGUACAUGGGUGAGAUAGCGCCAGUUCACCUUCGAGGUCGUUUGGUCGGUAUAUUUGGUGCAUGUUUUCAAGUUGGAAGCCUGGUUAUGGGUGGAGUGAUGCUCGGUUUGUCGAAGAUCUCAGGCAAUUGGUCAUGGCGCAUACCAUUUCUGCUUGAAGCAUUGUUUCCCCUGAUCGUCUGUCUUACGAUUUUCGUUCUCACUCCUGAAACCCCUCGUUACUACAUGAUGCGUGGCCAGCGUGAGAAAGCAAAGCAAAUUAUUGCUAAGUAUCAUACAACAAGCGGCGACGUGAAUGAACCGAUAGUCAACAUCGUCAUCAACCAGAUGGAAGAGUCCCUGGAGAAUAAGAGAGCUGGCUUCCGCAAUUUCUGGGACUAUCGUGUCUUCUUCACAAAGGCUGUUCGUUACCGUCUACUUGUCCUGAUUCUGUAUUCCGUCUUUCAGCAGUGGAACGGUGGAAGUAUUAUUAGCUAUUAUAUGGUCCCUGCUUUGGAAACCAUUGGUAUCGAUGGAACCUUACAACAACUUGGCAUCUCACUUGGAACAACGGCGACAUAUUUCGUCUUUACGGCACUGGGAUCAUUCCUGGUUGACAAGAUACGUCGACGAACGCUGAUAUUCUCGGGAUUGAUUAGUAUCAUCAUCUUCCAAACCGCCGCGACAAUCACUUCUUGGCAAUACUCAUUGACGUCCAGCCAUGCAGCAGCCGGCUUGACUAUAUUUUGGAUCUUUAUGUUUCAGACUUUCUCUGCGCUGUUGAUUGCCACAAUGCACAACCUGUAUCCUGUCGAGAUUCUUUCUCUUGCCCUGCGCGCCAAAGGAAUGGGCUUAUAUGGGUUGAUUCAAGGUGGAGCUGGAGCGAUACAAACAUAUGGUAUUGGAGUUGGGAUCAAUAAGCUGGGAUACAAGAUUUGGGUAGUUUAUAUUGCUUACAACUGUGUGCAACUGGGACUAUCCUACCUCAUAUUUCCAGAGACAUUCGGUCUCUCGCUGGAAGAGAUUGAUGCCGUUUUUGAGACGAAAGGCGUUGCGCCUGUCAAGAUGUCGUUGGAGAUCCAAAACGCCAAGAAGCUUGGAGAGCAAAUUGGCCGAAAUGAGGACAUUUAG